ACUAUCAAGCUUCACUACUGGAAACUCUCCACGCCGUAACAGUCACUCUGAAUGGCAUCUUCACUCACACCCUGAUUCAAAUCUCAACUCACCAGAACCCACCAGCCUGAAUGAGGCGCAAGAAAACCCACGCCUUCACUACAGCCGCCUGCCGCUCCUCGGCUCGCCAUUUCAGACUCAGCACCGACCAUAACUAUUUCUCACCAACACCGCCUUCCGCCUCCAUCCUCCCCAACCAAUAGAGCCUAUUUCCCGCACCCGGCGACAAACCGAUAUCGCAGUCACGAACAGAACAGCAAUGCGCAAAAAGCCCACACCCUCACCCCCCAGCUCCGACAAGCCCGGCAGCACCACGCCACGCGUCGCCGCGAAGGAAAUAACCUCCGUCGUCUUCGGCGGACAGUUAAUCGCGCCCUGGUACCCGUCCAGCUACCCUUCUAAGCUCCUCGGCGAUGCCAGCUUCAAGAAUGGUCGGCUGUACGUAUGCGAGCACUGCUUUAAGUACACGCCGGAUGUAGCGCGCGCGUUGGGACAUCAGAAGUUUUGUACGUUGGCAAGAGGAGAGAUGUUGGGCACGCUGAUGUAUUCCCACGGCGGGUGCGAUAUCUACGAAGUGGAUGGAGCAGAAGAGCCCCUCUUUUGCCAGAGCCUCAGUCUCUUCGCCAAAUUCUUCCUCGACACAAAAGGCGUCUGCUACGAAACACGGUCGUUCUUAUUCUACACGCUUAUCGGCACCUGCGGAACCACGGGACGCAAACGCGUACUCGGCUUCUUCUCAAAGGAGAAAAUCUCGUGGGACGACUACAACCUCGCGUGUAUACUUGUCUUCCCACCCUUUCAGAAGAAAGGUUUGGGCAAGCUCCUGAUUGCGUUUUCGUAUGAGCUGUCGAGAGGCGCGGGAAAAAUGGGGUCGCCGGAGAAACCGCUAUCGGAUUUGGGCCAUAAAGGAUAUAUUGCCUACUGGUCCACCUGCAUUGCGAAGGUAAUCCGCGACUCGGAGAAGGAUAGUAUCAGUAUAAACGAUCUGUCGAAGGCGACGUAUAUACAGCCGGACGAUAUCAAGGCGGCACUCGACAGCAUGGGGGUGAUCCAAAUGGAUCGUUGGAGACACGAGGUCGACGAGGCGUAUACUAUUAAUCCCGAGGGGAUGAUGGUGAGGCAGUGUUAA